AUGGAGUUAAAGCGGUGGCUUGAGGAGCUAGUGAAGGUUGAAGACUCGGAACUGGUGGCUCUAGAGACCGUGCUUUGCGGCGCACAUCCCGGCGGAUUCGGCGCUUACCUGGAGGAGCUCGAGGCGGAGCAAGGCGCGUCGCAGUGCAACGUGGUGUGGACGUACGGCGCGAUCGCGUAUCGCUGCCGCGACUGCCAGAUCAACGACGCCAGGCAGCUGUGCCCCUUCCCACCCACCAUCACCACUUCCCCACUCUUCUCCCCACCGUUCCCCGCUUUACCAUCACCAGUGCCAUUUGCUGCCUGCAAGCGCCACCGCCAUCAGGAGCACUCAGCGGACACACCCAAGCCGUUGCCCGGGAAUCUCGGGCAGGUGACAGAAACGGCUGUGGCAGCAGUGGUGGCGCAGCUGGUGCUGCAGGUGGGGAAGGCGGUGAAGUCCCCGCUGCAACCCCCCCGAGACCUACUCAAGCUCAUUGCGUGGCUCGACAAGAUAUCGCAUGCAGCAGGCAUAAGAGACAUAGUGUGUGCGUGCAUGGCGGCGCCCCUCCCUCUGGAAGUGCUGGCUGUUGUAAAUCAAAUGGGCGUCUCAGGGAGCACAGGGAGCAUUGGGAGCACAGGGAGCAUUGGGAGCGUUGGGAGCUUGGGAAACGCAGGGACAGGGAGGGGUAUACUGGGUGGAAGUGGGGAGGGAAGGGCGGGAGAGGGGAGAACAGAGAGCGACACUCGCCUUGGAGGUGGGACUGAAGGGGCAGGCGGAGGGGCCGGAGGGGGAGGAGAUCCAGCAGCAGCACUAACACCAACAGAAGCAACAGCAGCAGCGGCAGCAGCCUCCCUCUCCUCUCCUCCCCCCCCUGCUCCCUCCGCCGUCCAACUCCUCCUAGAAACCCUCUCAGCGAUGCCCGAGGAGGUGGUGGCACGGGAAGCCACGCUCUUCCUGCUGCUGCUCUACUCGCCCGCCUUCAAGACCGUCUUCUCAGCGCUGCUCAUCCGCCACUACCCUCUCCUCGUGCUCUCCGUCCUCCCGGAUCACAACCCCUCCGCCCGCUUCAUCAAGAUUGAGAAGGCUCUGGACCGAGUGAUGGUGCAGCUGUUCAACAUCCCCGAGGUCACCAUGCACUGGGUGCUCUCGGGGGACCUCCUCCACCUCUUUGUCUCUGUCUUCUGCCGUGUCCUACAAACCGCCAAAUUGCCGACAGGAGUGCUGAAUUGUGAGAGUCCCAUCAUCUGGCCACGGGAAGUAGUGACACAUAGCAACCUGCAUCCGUUGUACUCGCGUCCGCUGCAUGACAUGAGACUCAUCUUCUCCCACACGCCUGUCGUCAACUACCUCCUCACUCAACGCCUCGAUUGCCUAGCUGACCUGCUGCUCACGCUCUCGCUGCUACAGGGCAUGAACCCAUAUGUGCGCUUUGAGUAUGGCGACCUCACUGAAGGCACCCGGUGGACUAAAGCCGUCACGCUCGAGAUGCUGGUGAUUGGUCUUAUCGACGCCAUCACAGAGCGCUACACCGCCUCCCCCUCCACUCUCCCCACCACCAUCCUCGCCCCGCCUGCUGGGAACACUGGAAGAGUGGCAGACGCGGGGCAAGGAGAGGUGGGGGUGGAUGCAGAGCAUGCUCUGCUGAAUGGGGCGCGCAUUGCACUGCAGGCGCUUCUGGCUUGGCUGGUCAAGAAUCAGAUCAAGGUGGAGGACACGGGGAGCAAGACAGUGGCCAUGUCGCUGCACCUGCCUCUGCACCGCAUUCUCUCCCUCUUCUUCGCCUCCAUCAUACACAUCGCUGCCCACACUGUGCCGGCCACUGCUGGUGGUCCUGCUGCUGGUACUGGCGUUGGCGUUGGCGCUGGUGCUGGUGCUGGUGGUGGUGCUGGUGGUGGUGCCGGUGGCAGUGGUGAUGGGGGUGAUGCGAGCGGCGGGUCAGGGCCAGCAGCAUCAGUGGCUCACUUGCGGCGGCUUCUGCCCCUCAACAUGCGCAGAGAGGUGCUGGCAAUGGCGGAGCACCCACUUCGCCUCUUCGCCUGGAUGGCCCAGAUUCGGGCGCGCGAGUGGCACUACCAGGGCGAGGAUCUGAGCAAGCUGGAGAGGGUGUAUCGGGGGGGCUAUUGGCCGGCUGCCAUGGACCUCGACCUGCUGCUGCUGCAGCUCGUCUCCCUCUUCUCGAAUGAUUCUCCAGCUGCUCUUCUCGCCUCUGCCGUGAAGCACUUUAGUCUCCACGAUACAUUCAGCAAAACCAUCCAAUGCGCUUCUGCCACGUCAUCAGCUUCGUCAUCUGCCCCGAGUGCUGACUGGACAGCAGCAGAGCUCAGCCGAUUGGCUGAUCUGAUUAAGCUUGUCCUGCUGAUCAUUCGGGACCCAAAGCACACGGGAUUUUCAGAGGACUACGUGUUGCGAUACCAUGUCAUUCAGUGGCUUGCAGUGCGUGAUCGCACUCACAGCGAUCUCUCCCAGCAACUCGGUUCUUCCCUCGCAAGCCUCCCCCAGCUGAGCGCAGUGCUACAAGAGGUGGCAGAGCACCAUGUCCCACGGCGCCUGCAGCAGCGCGGGUACUUCCAGCUCAAGCCCGCCUGCUGGGGCGAGUUUGACUCGCUCUUCCCCCACUACUCGCUCUCUGAGCUAGAGGAGGCGCAGGAGCGGGCAGAGAGACUGGCUCCAAAGGUGCGCUUCUGGCGAGUGCAGUGCCCGCAGCGACACAUGGCGCCGUUUGAUAGGCUGCCGGACAUGGCUCACACCGAGCCGUGUCACAUUGUGGUGCGCUGUGCUCUCGCAUGUGCAGCCUACCUGCUCGCCUCCCGAAACUCAGCCCAUAGCACGCAAGCAGAAAGCAUCGCUCUCCUUGCCACACAGCUCGUCACACUGGCUGCUACUGAUGCCAGGUCCAACCCAAGCUGGCUGUGGAAGGAAGCUAUGGUGCUGGGCGCACCAGUCUCCCGGCCUCCCGUGUAUCCCCCCGGCUUAUAUUCGACCCAGAAACCUGGCAGCAGUGGGAGCAGUGGUAGCGGUGGCAGUGGUGGGAGUGGGGGCGGUGGAGAGAGCGAGUGGGAUUCAGAGCGGUUGCAGUCUGUCAGAUCUCGUUCCUCUGCCGCUGCUGCUGUUGAUGAAGAUGAUGACGUCGCCUGUGUGAGCUGCUCGCCUCGCUGGCUGGAGGGAAUUUCCAGGAACUUCAACAAGUUACGCUCGCAGUCCCCCUCACGCUCCUCUCUUGACCUUUUCCGCUCCUCCUCCUCCCCUUCGCGCCGCUCCUCUCCCUCUCGCCACUCCCUAGACAUUGCAAGAAGCCUUGAUGACGCUGCCACCACUGCAACUACUGCUUCUCCUGGCCCCCUUCCUCCUGCUGCCGCCACCGCUGCUGCUGGUGGUGUUGACAAUGCCGGUGCUGAUACUAGCGCUGAUGUUGACUUUGACUUAGCUGCUUCUUCUGCAGCAACAGCAGCACCACCAGCAGCAGCGGCGGCGGCAGAGGAUGAUGUAGCAGCAGCAGUCCUGUCAUGCCUCCCAUCCACAUUAUCCACAGCACCAUCUGCUGGAGAGAGUGACGAUGCAGCAGCAGCAGCAGUCAUAUCGUGCUUACCCUUUGGUGGGGACGCACGGGGAGCAGCAGGUGCCAGGGCAGGUGGCAAGGGCAAGGGGCGGAUCUCGCCCUUUGACUCGCUUCCGAACGUGUUCGUCUCCCUUAAAAGCAUACUGCAGAAUACAGAUAAUCAUCGUCUCAAGGACGCAAUAGAGCAUGUGAUCUCGCUGCUCAUGACCAGGCUCAACCUGCGGCCGCAUGAGCCACCCGGGGAGUCCAAGGCAGAGCAACCUGGGUCUGCUGCAUUAGGUGCAGGAGAAACCGCAGCAGGCAUGGCAGCAGGUGGAACAACAGGAGCAGGUGCAGCAGCAGCAGCAGCAGCAGCAGCAGCAGAAGCAGGGGGCCUGUCGCGGGCGGCUGGAGGAGGGAUGGGGUCGGAUGAGGCGAAGCGGCAGCAGAAGAGGCAGCGGCAGGCGGCUAUCAUGGCUCAAUUCGCUGCUAAGCAGAGCGCCUUUGCCAAGAUGCUGGCAGCAGCUGACGAUGAUGAAGAUGAUGAGAUGGAGGAGGGGAGGACGAAGACGAAGGAUGCUACAGCAAUAGCAGGAGCAGCAGGAUCAGGGGAAACUGGCAGGGCAACAGGCAGCAACGUAGCAGCAGGAGCAGCAGCAGCCCCUGCUGCAGGAGCAGGGGAGGACAUGGAUAUUGAUGGGGGCCGGGCGAGGGGGGCUGAGGGUGCAGAUGGUAAUGACAUGGGUGGAGAUGGUAAACACAUAGAGCAGCAAGGGGACGUGUGUGCAGGGAAGGGGGGGAUAGAAGGGGAUGGAAUGAGGGCUGGUGGGGGGAGGGAAGCAGGAGGGUUAGGCACCCGGAGCAGGAAGAGAGGCCAGGCAGGAGCGGAAGGGGAGGGGAAGGGAGAGGGAGACGCGGACGGGGAGGAUAUGGAGGUGGAUGAGGGGGCAGAGGGAAGAUCCCUUGCUGCUUUCACGUCAUUUGAGCCGGACCUGUGUGGUUUCUGUCAUGCCGAGUGCCGACCCACGCCAACAGCCUCCAUUGGGUGGGUGGCUCUAGCCCAGCCGUACAAGCUACCAGCCAUCAUGCACUCCCGCGCUCAGCCUCUGCCCAACCCUGCUGCUGCUGCUGCUGCUACUGCUGCUGCUGCUCCCGCAACUGCCACUGCUUCUGCUCCCGCAACCGCCGCUGCUGCUCCUGCCCCCAAUCCUCCUCGUGCUACCGCUGCUGCUCGUUCUGUUGCUGAGCCGAGACAAGAACAGGAAGGAUCUGCUGCUGCUUCUGAGGCAGCAGAAACGAGCGCGGGAUUGAAUGAGCAGGCAGCAGCAGCAACAGGGGGGCAUGGGCAUAACACAGCACAACCUGCAGUGGCAAAUGCAAGCACCAGUACUGGCACUGCACAAGCUGCAGGGAAUGCGAGCGAUACAGCAGCAGGGGGAGUGGAGUGGACGGUGGGGGUGCAGGUGGAGGGUGCUUUGGAUACCCAAGUCACCUCUCACAUCCGAUGCUGCGGCCAUCAGGUGGGGCUCUGUUGCCAUCAGGUGGGGCUCGGUUGCCAUCAGGUGGGGCUCUGUUGCCAUCAGGUGGGGCUCUGUUGCCAUCAGGUGGGGCUCUGUUGCCAUCAGGUGGGGCUUUGUUGCCAUCAGGUGGAUCUCUAUUGCCAUCAGGUUGGCCUCUGCUGGCUUCAGAUGCAUUUCGAGUGCUACAACCAGUACAUGUCAGCUCUGGUGGAGAGGGCCCGGGCGGAUCGGCCAUAUGAAG